ACUCCUAUCACUAACAUUUUAUGUUGUAACAUACCAGAGUCACACGCAAUCCAGCAGUCCAGCGCCACCAACAACGUGACAGAGCUCUCCACUCUCCUCAGUGAUAGCCCCUAGACCCCUCCACUCUUUGCCGGCAGACAGCGUCACAGCGACACAACAACACUGGCAUCCCAUUCAGCCCUCGCGACACAGCAACAGUCGCAGUGCGGUCGCCUUCUCACCUUCCUCCGUUCCGUAGCCGCCGCCUCCGUCGCCUUCCUCGGUAGCCACCGUUUCCUUGCCGUCGCCUUCCAGAUUCCGCUGCUGCCAUCAUCCUCCACACCUUCCUCCACGCUCUCUGAGUCUCUAGAAUGGAGAUGCCUCAGUUUGAUUGAUCCCAGGGCAAGUGAGAACAUUGGUGUUUCAGAAGGUGAAACAGUUUAAAAACCGACAAAACAAACCAAACUGUACUGCGAACACCUCUAGUUUCGGGUGUUAGCCCUUUUUCUUGCCCAAAAGAAAAAAAAAAAAAGAUGGAAGUUAUGUCUUUUUCUGUCACAUUCACCCAAUUUCAUACAUUUUCCUUUCUGAAACCAAAAGUAACAACAACCGAAAUUCAGGGCCUUUCACUACCCAAUAAUAGGAGCAAACAUUGCAAUCUUUAUUCAUUUUCUUCUUCAUCUUCAAGAAGUAUAGCAGCAACAGCAACACUAUACCCUUCCACCACCCAGAAGAACCGCUACUGGAUGGUACUCAUGGAGCCUCCACCUCAUGGUGUCACCUCCAAGUCACAACUCAUCGAUUAUUACGCCAACACUCUACACAAAGUCCUUGCCAGUGAGAGAGAUGCUCAAAUGUGUAUAUAUGAUGCUUCCUGCGAUACACACUUUGGUUUCUGUUGUGACAUUGAUCCACAAAUAACCUCCCAACUCACAAGUUUACCGGGGGUCUUGUUGGUUAGGCCUGAUCCGGAUUUCAGUUCUUCGAAAAAGGACUAUAGUCUAUCAAGUGGUCAAGAAGGUCUGCUAUCGAAUUCAAAACUACAAUUUGAAACCAACAUGUUAUUCUUUCUUGAGAAUUCAAAGCAUUGGCUUGUUAGAAUUGAUAAACCUGCUGUUGGGAUUGUUACAAAGGCUCAGAUUGUCGAUUAUUUUGUUCAAAUAUUGACCAAGGUGAUGGGAAAUGAAAAGGAUGCUCAGAUGUGCAUAUAUCAUGUUUCCUGGAAAAAAAUAUUUGGUUUUUGCUGUGAACUUGAUGACGACUGUGCACAGGAGUUAGUUGGUGUGCCUGGUGUCUUAUCAGUUCAACCAGAUAAUAAUUUUGAGUCAGCAAAUAAGGAUUAUGAAGGUAAUAACUUAGAAAACAGUUUGAGUGUGCAAAAAUCUUUUGAAACAAGUCAGGCAGCUCCCCUGCAAACGAAAAAGCUUUUUGUGACAGGGCUAUCGUUUUAUACAUCUGAGAAAACCUUACGUGCAGCAUUUGAAGGCUUUGGUGAUCUUGUUGAAGUCAAAAUUAUUAUGGAUAAAAUUUCCAAAAGGUCCAAGGGUUAUGCAUUUAUUGAGUACACCACGGAGGAGGCUGCAAGCGCAGCAUUGAAAGAGAUGAAUGGCCAGAUUAUUAAUGGAUGGAUGAUAGUAGUGGAUGUUGCCAAGACUAACCCGCCAAGGCACAACAGGGGUCAUGUCAGGCCAUCAGUUUGACAAGCCAAAAGCCUUUCAAGGUAUUAACUAUUUCUAGCCCUGCGCUCUUAUUAUAAGUCAAGAUAACACAAACCAGAAUACUGCAGAACAUAAUAGAAUUAUGUGCAAUUAUUAUAGCCAACUAUUCUCAACCUUAGGAGUCAUUUCUAUUUUAUUUAUGUUUAUCCUGUCUUUUCAAGAGUUAAAUCUUAACUAUUAGUUGACUUGGUCUUGUACUAGCAGUAAUAGACUAAUACUUGGGAUUAAUUUUAUAUAAUACCUGUGAUCAAUUUUAGAUAUUUUCACAUUAGUCAAAGAAAUUCAGCUCCAUAUUAAUUUUGAUGCAUAAUUCAAUUUUUUUAAAUGAUAAAAAAAUAUUACCCGCUCUUUAUCUUAAUUUAAAAAAUCCGCUGUUUUAUAUCUGAUUAUAGUUAUCCUACAAGGUUCCCAAUAAUCACUAUCAAAAUAGUUCACUCAUAUUACCUGCUGAUUUAAUGACAAUCCUUUUUGCUUUUAUGGUCUGUUAUCUGUUGCUUAAAGUAAAAACUAACUUCAUGGCAUAUUCUUCCCCCUUGUAUCUAUUCUAAUAUGUUUAUGUCAUGAAUAAUUCUAGGAUUAAGGUUGUUUCUAUACAGAACAUUGAAUAGUUCUUCUCCUACUAUAUGGAAAUUAAAAUAAUCAGAGGAUUCUCUGUCACCUCACAUAAGUAAUGAUGAAAAUUGUAAAUAAGACGAGAGAUACUCUAAAAUAGGACAAGGUGAUUUGUGUGGUACAACAUUGGUGGGGGUGAGUUAUGUAAGAAAAAUAUAAAGAUAAAAAAAUAUAAUUGGUAAGAGAAAAGUAUAUGGUUUUGCAUCUGCAAAGAGAAAGAGAUAUAAUGUUUUUUGGUGACAAGAGGUCCCACAAGGGAAGAAAACAAACUAGGAGGCUAUUCUAGCAUUCAAGCUAACAAAAUGCAUAAGCUCCUCUGUUAACUCAAUCUAGGUAAUAUGAUCAGAUGCACUUCUAGCACAGUUAUUAUACUCGGAUUGGACUGACCAAUUCGAUAAGAAAACCGGUGAACUGAUACUUGUGCUAGUCCAAUUUCAAUUUUUGACCAUUUUGGCAAUUGACCCGUAGAAAACCGGUGCAAAACCGAACCUGUUGACCUGAUGGGUCAAUGCCAUCUGUGCACAACAACAGCAAGCUAGAUCAUAGAAGGAGUACCAUAGCCUUUAAAAAGGUUUCCAGCAGCAAAGUCCCCACACGCCACCUCCUUGCAUCAUCAAGCAAGUGCCUUUUCUUGUGUUAGAAAGCAUUAUAAACACUCUCUUCCUUUAGUAGCUAGGCAAUAUGCAACUUGAGGUUUCAUUCAAGGGCGCGGCUUUGGUGAGCCGAACAUCUUUGGCUAACCAAGCAUAAGACUUCACUAUCGCUGACCAGUGCGCACUUUUAAUGAGAGCCGUUGGAUUAUUUUGUUUUUUAAUCCACCGGGGAGAUCACCCUGAAAGUUGAUUGUUUUGAUUGGCUAAUGAAUGCUUUUUGCAACUUUUGUGUCAAAGAGGUUACUUUAGAAAAUUUAAUUUGUUGCUAGUUAUUGUUGUUAGAUCUGAAAUGUCUUUGGGUUUAUAUGGCAAAAAUUUAUGAAUUUGUAAGUUUAAAUUAAUUAGAGUUAAGUAUUCUGUAUUAUGUUAACUAAAUGACGAUGAAGUUGGGCUGGGAAUGAGAUGCAUCGUGGACGUCAGUUUGUCGCAUAGAAGAAACGCACGAGUUUACAUUUCUGCCACUCGCUAUCAGUUGCACGAAGUUACUCCGCCCAGAAUUGCGGUGCAAAAAUUGCCUACUCGUUGAAUUGCGUAUCUGCCGCGAUGCAAGCAUUCCAAGGAUGACGAAACGUUAGUGUUAUCACCGGAACCGGACUCGAUCCCCAUGAUGACGAGUGGUGGUUCAGGCAGAGGAUUAGAUUGGCCAGAGAGGAUCAGAGAAGAAGGAUCAAAGCAGCACAGAGAAGUGUGCUUGGUGAGUGACAAAGGAGAGGGAGAAGAGAUUUCAGGUCGGGCGGGUCAACUUGGCACAUAGUUGGGUUGGGCUUGGUUGCAGUCAAUACCUAUGAGAAAAAACAUAAUGGAGCUUUAUAUUUUUUUCUAAAACGAAUGUUUGGCUAAUGAAUUGGGUUAUUAAUAAUGUUGUUAAAAAUAUACCAAUCCUUAAAUACGGUCCCUUCUUUUUUUUUUUUUUGGACGGGUUGGGUAACUAAACCCAACAAACCAAGCCCAGAAUAAGACACUUAAUCCCUCAAACUAACUCCCUACCUACCCGGAUGAAUUGCUUUCCCUCCCCUGCAACCAAACUUCUAUAAGGAAACACAAUUAACUACACUACUAUGAAGAAGCACAAUUGACGCCAAAAAGAGAUCAAGUAAAACUGUAGGUCCGCUUUGAGGAGCAAAAGCGCGGGACGAGAUGCACCUCACUCCAGAACGCGGACGAUCUGGCGCGGGGAGACAGGGGAGCUGUGAAACCCAUCGCUGAUGCAACUCAGACAUGGCGCCACUGAUGAUGGAAAGAGAUGCCAAGGUGUGAGCUAGCUUGUUCCCUUCUCGAGGAAUCCAAGAAAAACCACAGUUUGGAAGUCUCCUCUGGAUAGCUUUAAUGUCUUGAAUUAUUGGUUCUACUUCCCAAAAUUUGCUUCUGCAAGGAUGCUGGAGUUCGUUUGGAUUUUUGAAGUUGUCCCUCCCAUGAGGGUUCCAUUGCAAUCUCUGAUCGCUACUGCUAUACUUCCUGAUUUUGUGUCAUUGGAGAAGGCUGCACCCGUAUUCAAUUUGAGCCAAUUUUGAGGAGGGGCUCUCCAGAUUAUAGCCACAUCCCGACUGAGUUUACGCUUUCCUUUGUUGGUGUACAUUGAGCUUGCGAGCCAAACCAUACCGCUCUUGUCCAAUCACAUGAUAGUAGAGCAUGUUCGAUGGUUUCCUCCGCCUGCAUACAAUUUGGACAUAGAUUACUGUUAGUUAUCUUUUUCUUAAUCAAAUUGGCUUUUACCGGGAGGAUAUUAUGGAUUGUCCUCACUUCCCGGAACAAACAAGAAGUAAAAAAAAAAAGUCACAGUUAAAGUUUAUUAGCAGAUGAUUAAUUUAACAGAAGUAUUAAAUUAUUGAAUGAUAUAAUAAUUAUAAUAUUUUGUAAAACCAAAAUAGUUGAAUAAUGUGAAAUUUUGCCAGAUGUGCAUAAAUAAAUUUAUCAUGGUAAACAAUUGAUCAUGGUGUAUAAAAUUACUAGAAGAGUUGAAUAAUGAACAUGAAUAUAUGUACUAAUGGCUUAUUAUAUUCGUACAAGAUACUAUAAUUAUUAAUGUUAUUAUAAAGUCCGCAUUACAUAUUAUUUUAUUCUAACCUUAGAGAGAAGUACAGUAAAUUUAUUUAAACCAUUCCUUUUGUAUUCUCUAUUCAUGGAAACAAUUUAAUAGGAAAUGUUACUCUUUAUAUAAUAUAACGGGAGUCAUUUAGGUAAAGAUGCUUAAAACAUCUUUUUUUAAAGAUUUUUUUUAAUAAUUAAUAUUCAACCUAUGUAAUCGAUCAAACUAUGUUAUUUUUGUCAAAAUUAGAUGAAAUAAAUCAGUUUGAUCGAAAAAUCGAUAAACGAAAUCUUGAACCAAUUUAAAUUAAUAUUUUUUAUAAAAAUGACUAUAA